ACUCUUGAAGCCGGGACCCUAUCGCACCGAAUCGUGAUCAUAUUGUGCCAUCCCUUGAUCCAAACUCCCUAACCAUGGGCCUUUCCCGUUUGCCUUUCCGACGCCGUGGGGAGAGUGCAAGGGAUCAGCCACCGCCACGGGCCCUUCGCUGGGCUCGCCUUAACGUACCUAUAACUCCAUACGACCAGAGUUCUUCUGGUCCGGGGGCGUUGAUUGGAGGACGAGGGAACCAUUCAGGGGGAUGCGUCCAUCACGAGCAGGAAAAAUUCAAACAUUGCGCGAAUUUUCCGUCAAUUGGGUUCUAGCGGGCCCCGGUCUAUUGUUUGGGCAAGAGGAUCCAUGGCCUCCAUCUCGCCACACUCGGGUAGACUAGACUUCUCCUGUUGGAAUGAUGUGUGAUGUGAUCGUCUUCCUCCUUCCAUGCGGAGCCGGUACCGGUGCAGCAUCAUAUCUGCAGCAUCACAUCUUGCCUUUUCGACACCACCCAACCAUUCAAUGUCGCACCAACCACCUAACUCGGAUCCCCCCCUCCCCGCCUCCCGACACCCCACCACUCCCUCUCGCCCUCUUCUCUCUCCCCCGCAGACGCAACACAUGCUCCAUUACCAAUGCGUGAUACGUGUGCCUAUGGGCUGACACGGCAAACAUUUGACCGCGGGAUUAUGUUCUUUACUAACUGACCCCCUCCCAAUCUCUUUCUCACCCGCGUCCUUGCCCAAAUCCUCCCCACAAAGCGCUUCCCAAACAGGUUUUUAGCGAAUCGACUCAUACCCAAAGGUCAUCUCUAUCACCACCAUGUCUUUUAGUAGACGGCUUCGAAAAGCCGUUUCGAAACUUAAUUGCCGUCGGGGCUCGAAGUCUAGGACGGGAGCCGCUCCCGAUACGACCCAUCCAUCCCAGUCUCUUCGGUCGCGGCCAUACGAAACACCUGCCGGAGUCGGGGCAAGCGAAAGUCCCCAACCACCUUCCGCUGCCCGGAGCAGUGAGCAAUAUGCCUCUACCGGUAGCCCGACACCAGCGCAGUCAGAACCCGGUCAGGUGCACCGAUUAUCUGCCAUAGGACCUGACCCCGAGCCGGAAUACCGAAACUAUGGGGAGAGCUCACUAGAGGAAGAGCAGACGUCGGAGGAGAACCGGCGGCAGUCUAGUCUAUGGAGACCGCCAACAAAUAUCUCCACUUCGAGCAGUGAUUACUCAAAUCAUUGUGGGCACUCGAGUUCAAAUUGUGAUAAAUCUCGCUAACCCCUUCUCGUUCGGAAUAGCGAUCUCGAAUUCACUAUCCCCUGCAACACCUGUACCGUUGGUCGGACGAACCUUGAUGGCUUCACACCUUGCUGAUACACCUCCUCCGACACCACCCGACAGUUGUAACAAAGGCGAUUCAGACCCCACGUGGGGAGAAGGUGUCAUGGAGCGCAGAGAUGCCCCACUGAUACCGCACAUGUCGUUUAUUCAGCGAGGCUCACCAGUGCCAGGCGAAUUUCGAACAGAGGCGACAUUAAGCCAGCUACAAACUACCGGUGAUGGUCGUGGAUACGCCCAUGGUCAAUUCACCCCUCAAGAUUCGCCUAUAACAGGCCAAACGCGUAUGUUGUGACAUUCUCUUGCUGCCCGUAUUUUUCCAUACUUUUCGCAAGGUCCGCUCCGACAAGUAUUUAACGUCGACUAGCACAUGACAUACCUGCCAAUGCCACCUUUGAAACCAGCUACUCAAACAGUGUGUCCCCCAAAUUCCAAAUCCUCCUCUGGCUUAACUAACCCCACAUCGCCCAGUUGUGACCCGCACAGUCGUCCACCCACAGGAGAUAGAGCAGGUGACCGAGCCCUUGCAUCGUGAAAUCCACACAUCAACUGUUGACAUUCGUGUCCAGCCCGCGGUAGUGCAAGAAUAUCUGCCGAUAAAAGACCACCUUGAGACACCUACCAACGAGGCUAUUCAAUCGACUAACGAGCAAACGCGACAGAGUGAUUGGGGAGAAGCCCGGCGAGGCGAAUGGGCCACCAAUGGGGACGGCAGUCGGGAAUUACGAACCCAUGAUAAUGACGGUGGGGCAGGCCGCAAGGCUAUUGACGAUACGACUGGAUUAUUGGCUGGGCCGGAAGAAUUAGAACUGACGGAAGUGAAGGAAUUCGCGGCUGGGCCGAGCCACGCACCAAUGGUUCCGUCACAAUAAUGUUGCUGACUGCUGCUGAAGAAUUCGUGUAGGUGUGUGCGGGUUUGAUUGCUUUUGGAAUUGUUUUUUUUUUUUUAGCUUGCGGUUGGCCGGCUUAUUUUUACCCUGUAUGAACAGAUUCUCUUUCCCGGAUGUAUUGGACGAAGGGGAGGCGGAAAUUUUGAUUUUUCUCGAUAAUGUAAAAUAUUAAUUAUGGAAGGUUUGGAAUGAGAUAUCAUACCCAAAAAUAAAUCAACUAAUAAAUGAAAAGGCUUCUGCCUACUAAAAG